AAACCCAAAAAAAGAGAAAAAGACCAAUUUACUCAGCUCUCUCUCCUCUCUCUCUCUCUCUCUAAGGCUUCAUCUUCGUCAGCGGCUCACGGCGACUAUAGAGCCCUAAGCAGAACCGUUGGAAUCUGAGACAAUGCCACUGAAAUGGGUUUUGCAUUGGCAGCCCAAUGCAGGGACGACAGUAAACAGCCAAAUCAUCAACGAAGUAACGCAGUGCGUUGAGAGCUUCAAUGGCGUUAAGGAAGGCAGGUGGAAAGCCACUAUCACCUUCUACAAACCCAUGAUUCGAGAGCAGGCUUUAGCAGGGGACUUCCCGCGUGAUUUUCUGGGGAUUGCGCUGCCGGAGCAACCGAACAAGUACUACCUUAUAAUCCGAUUGCAGCGCAUAGUCCUUGAGGCUGAUUCAUCUAUUCAGAUGAUUAUGGAGAAAUUACAGUCUUACAAAUCGAGGGUCUCUCUUAAUUUUGAGGGAUUUCAAUAUCAACUUGGGGACUUCCAAUUAAGAGUGGGGAAAGUUCUUCCUACUCAUUCUGAAAAUUUGAGAGGAAUAGUUAUGGAGGUGGAGUACCUUCCCAUUUCUUCGAUGGAAAAAGCGAGGCAAGUCAUGGAAGACUUUAUGGAUAUAUGGCAACAGGCUUUGUCAAAAAGAUCAUUACCAGGGCACUUUAUGCACAUGGAACCAAACUUUGCUGAGUAUGGCCUUGCAGACCAGUAUACUUCACAACAUACUGCUGUCCAGUAUGCUACUGUUAUGGCUCAACUAAUUGCAACAGUGCAGGCAGUGCAAGCAAGAAACUAGGAAAUGAAUAAGAAGAAUUUGUUGUUUGUCACUUGUCAACUGGUUUUAUGAAUGGAUAACUUCAAUCCCAGUUUCUUUGGGACUCACACUCCCUCUGUUUGGAUAGAAGAAAAUGAGGGAGGAACGAGGGUCUGUACACAGGUUUGAUUGUUCAUGGAAGACAAAAAAGUAAAGGGUUGGGUUCUUUAAAUGGAAAAAUAGACUUCGUCAUUACCCUUUGUACAUCACAUUGUUAACUUAUGCUUUCGAGUAAAGCUGCUUCUCCAUUUACUU